GUUUAUAAAACAAUAGUUUUAAUAUUAUUAUAAACAACUAAAUUUAAACAUGUUGAGAAUUGUUUGCUUAUUAGUAUUGGCCGUAUGUGUGUCUGCGAUCUCAUUCAAAGACUGCGGUCACGCCGAGGUUACAAAAUUGGAUGUUAGUGGAUGCACCGGUAGCGGACCAUGUGUGUUACAUAAAAACACAAACAUAAGCGUUACCAUUAAUUUUAAAGCCAAUCAAAAAACAUCUCAUGCUAAAUGGUACUUGCACGCUAAAAUUGGUGGCGUAGACACUGACCUGACUGCACUACUGCCCGGUGUUGACCUAGAUGCAUGCCAUAGCACUAGCUGUCCCAUUAAUAGCGGCGAUACUAAACAAGUGGUGUUUAAGUUUACUAUACCUAAAGAAGCGCCGGUAGUGAGCGAUGUUGACGUUACCACUAAACUCAUUGGUGAUGCCGGAGACCUGUUGUGCACAGUAACCCAUGGUGAUGUCAAAGAGUAA